UCCACGAUCUCCCGUAAAGCCCUAAUUUUGUUUUGCCUCUAAGUACGUUUUUUAAUUUCUUACCCCCGUGCGCUGUAAGAUACUUUAAUUGUAACACAUCCCAUGAUCAACGAGAUCACGACGGCACUAGAAUUACUUUUCCGUGCUGAUGGUCUGUAAUUGUUUUUUUUUCUAGAAUUGUCCUUCUUGUCGACGUUUGAGUGAGGAGGUCGAUAAUGGCCGUGAAAGAAGAGAGGAAUGAGAAAAUUGUGUUCGAAGAGUGGAACACAUCAUCAUCCUCUAAUCUCGUUAGGACCGCUGUAGUAAUUGCUGAUAGCUCUGGAGGCUUUUCAAUACGUCGCGAAAGCAGUCGAUCACUGCAAGUAUGGAGGCAGUUGGCUGCUGCAUUUUUGCCCGAGGGUUUUCCAAACAGUGUAACUCCUGAUUAUGUACCUUUUCAGAUAUGGGACUCACUACAGGGCCUGUCAACUUACAUUCGGUGCAUGCUUUCUACACAAGCUCUUUUGAGUGCAAUUGGGGUUGGAGAGACAACAGCAACAGUUGUUGGUGCAACGUUUCAGUGGUUUCUACGAGACUUUACAGGCAUGUUAGGUGGAAUUUUGUUCACGUUAUAUCAGGGUUCAAAUCUUGACAGCAAUGCAAAAAUGUGGCGUUUGGUAGCAGAUUUGAUGAAUGAUCUGGGAAUGCUGAUGGAUCUCAUUUCUCCUCUCUACCCUGCAAGUUUUGUAAUAAUACUAUGUCUAGGAAGCAUUGCAAGAUCUUUCACGGGAGUGGCAAGUGGAGCCACAAGAGCUGCUUUAACACAACACUUUGCCCUGCAACAAAAUGCAGCAGACGUAUCUGCAAAGGAAGGUAGCCAAGAAACAAUGGCUACCAUGCUGGGCAUGCUGCUUGGGAUGGUUUUUGCCCAUAUUACAGCAGGACGUCCUGGCGCAAUGUGGUCUUCAUUUCUUCUUCUCACAUUUUUCCAUAUGUUUGCAAACUAUCAAGCUGUUAGAUGCGUUUGUUUGACUAGCUUAAAUGAAGGAAGAACAUCAAUUCUACUUCAAAGAUUCAUAAGCAAUGGUCAAGGUUUGUGA